UAAAGAUGACAAAUAUCUUUUUAUUGUAAGUUUUCCUAACUAAAUAUAAAUAUACGCACCAAUAAAACAUUAAACCAGAAAGAUCAUCAUAUUUACAAAUACUAAAGCAAGAGCUGCUGCUAACUAACUGUCAUUUGUUCAUUUUCUCCAGCCCGGAUACACCGAACCGCUCCUUACAGAAGUGGGGUUAACGCUUAAAAUGCGAGAAUCUCACAGCCCCUUUGUCAUCGAGUUGUAUGACUGGUACGAGGAUCCCAACAUGAUCGCACUCGUGAUGGAGUAUCCUCAACCCAGUCAGACACUCUGGGAGUUUUUGACCUCGCGUCUUACACCACUAACUGAAUCAGCAGCACGACCCCUAAUGUACCAGGCUGUCCAAGCAGUGCAACACUGCCUGGAUCAUGGCGUUUUUCAUUCUGACGUCCAUCUUGGAAACUUCUUGUUGGACCAAGUCAAUAUGAAGCUGACUUUAAUUGACUUUGGACUUGGAAGUUUACUUACGGACGAUGGCUAUGAUUCAAAAGACUUUAAAGGAGCUCUGUGGUGCACCCCACCUGAGGUCCAUGCCAAGUCCAAGUACAACGCCAUGCAAGCAAACGUCUGGGCAUUAGGAGUGUUGCUGUAUGCCAUGGUGCAUAGGCGUUACCCUUAUAAGAAAAAGGCGACAAAAUCUCACAAGCUUCGGCUAAACAAGAAACAUUUUUCAAAGGAACUCUGUGAUCUGAUUAAACGUUGCUUAGACAUGAAUCCAGCUAAACGGCCGACAAUCCAGGAGAUCUUAGAUCAUGACUGGUUUAAGAUCGACUAG